UGCUACAUGCUGCAGUAGUAGCGAGUUGUAACAAGAGAAACACGUACUGCUGCGUUCGAUUAGGUUUCAGAGAUAAAUUGUUUCCUUUGACACUGUUAUUAUAAAUAUUUAUGCCAAUGCUAUUGCCCAAUUAAAGAAGGUCAACUUUGAAUUAUUCUUUUACUAGCGCAGUAGGUGAAAAACUUGUAUUCUAAAUCAUGGCACCAAAACGUACAAAAAAAGAAUCUGAUCGUAAUAAAUCAAAAAAGAGAAAAGAUGAUCUGAAUUAUGACCUCGAUUUGGAUGAAGAUGAUUUAAAUGAAAAUGAAGGUAUUCCGGAUGCAGCCAAAACAGAUGUAGAAAAGCAAGACGAUGGCACAGUCGAAGACCAGUAUGGAGCCAAAGAUUAUCGUAAACAAAUGAUAUUAAAGCCUGAUAAUAGUUCUAGGCCUCUCUGGGUUGCUCCAAAUGGUCAUAUUUUCUUAGAGUCUUUUUCACCAGUUUAUAAACAUGCUCAUGACUUCCUUAUCGCUAUUGCUGAACCAGUUUGUAGGCCAGAACACAUACACGAGUACAAACUGACAGCUUAUUCUUUGUAUGCUGCUGUAAGUGUGGGACUUCAAACUAAUGAUAUAAUUGAAUAUCUAAAAAGACUGAGUAAAACGACGAUACCUGAUGGUAUUGUUGAAUUUAUCAAGUUAUGUACUUUAUCAUAUGGAAAAGUAAAACUUGUCUUGAAACAUAAUAAGUAUUUUAUUGAAUCUCCGUUCCCUGAAGUUUUGCAAAAAUUGUUGAAAGACCCUGUUAUUCAAGAAUGUAGAUUAAGAAAGAAAGUUUCAGAUGAAUCAAACGACAAAGAUGGUUUCAUUACAGAUACUCUAAUGAAAACUAAUGUUCCUCAAUUUGGAGCAAAAAUUGCUAUAAAUGCUCCACAACCAACAGUAGCAUCAACUGAUGAUGCAGCUAACAAUCAAACAAAUGCUGAAACAGAUGUUCCAGUUCCUGAAGAUAUCACUACAUUUUAUAAAAAAAUGGAUAAAGAAGAUGAAGAUGAAGAAGAAGUAGAAAUGAAAACUGUAAGUUUUGAAGUUUAUCAAGAUAAAAUUGAAGUAAUUCAGAAAAGGUGUAUUGAAUUAGAACACCCACUUCUGGCUGAGUAUGAUUUCCGUAAUGAUACAGUAAAUCCAGACAUAAAUAUUGAUUUAAAACCAUCAACAGUAUUAAGACCUUAUCAAGAAAAAAGUUUAAGAAAGAUGUUUGGAAAUGGUAGAGCUCGCUCUGGCGUUAUUGUCUUACCUUGUGGUGCCGGUAAAAGUUUAGUUGGUGUAACAGCAUGUUGUACAGUAAGAAAGCGUGCCUUAGUAUUAUGUAAUUCUGGUGUAUCUGUAGAGCAGUGGAAGCAACAGUUCAAAAUGUGGUCCACUGCUGAUGACUCUAUGAUUUGUAGAUUUACAAGUGAUGCCAAAGAUAAACCAAUGGGUUGUGGAAUAAUGAUAACCACAUAUUCCAUGAUAACGCAUCAACAAAAAAGAUCCUGGGAAGCUGAGCAAACAAUGAAAUCGUUGCAAGAACAAGAAUGGGGUAUUAUGGUUUUAGAUGAGGUACAUACUAUCCCUGCUAAAAUGUUCAGAAGAGUAUUAACGCUUGUUCAAUCACACUGUAAGUUGGGUUUGACAGCUACUUUAUUGAGAGAGGACGAUAAGAUUGCUGACUUGAACUUCUUGAUUGGACCAAAACUUUACGAAGCUAAUUGGUUGGAACUACAAAAACAAGGCCACAUUGCUAGAGUGCAAUGUGCCGAAGUUUGGUGUCCAAUGACUCCAGAAUUUUAUAGAGAAUACUUAACUAGUAAAAUGUCAAAGAGACUUCUAUUGUACGUGAUGAAUCCUAAUAAAUUCCGAGCAUGCCAAUAUCUUAUACGCUAUCACGAAAGACGUGGAGAUAAAACUAUAGUUUUCUCGGAUAAUGUUUUUGCAUUAAAACACUAUGCCAUUGCAAUGAACAAACCUUACAUUUAUGGACCUACUAGUCAAAGCGAGAGAAUCCAAAUUUUGCAGAAUUUUAAAUUCAAUAUGAAGGUCAAUACCAUAUUCGUGAGUAAAGUCGCUGAUACAUCGUUCGAUUUGCCCGAAGCCAAUGUAUUGAUUCAGAUUUCAUCUCAUGGCGGUUCUCGACGUCAAGAGGCACAGCGAUUGGGUCGUAUCCUUCGAGCUAAAAAAGGAGCCAUCGCCGAAGAGUAUAAUGCAUUCUUUUAUACACUCGUGUCGCAGGAUACAACAGAAAUGGUUUAUUCGAGAAAAAGGCAGCGUUUCCUUGUCGAUCAAGGUUACGCGUACAAAGUCAUCACAAAAUUAGCCGGCAUGGCCGAGGAGCCAGAUAUGAUGUACAAGUCGCGCGAGGAGCAAGGAACGCUUCUGCAAAAGGUUCUCUCGGCCAGUGACGCAGAUGCCGACGAAGAAAGAGUUGUUGGCGAAGGACCUGCAGGACGAGGAGGGAUGGUACGAAAGGCUGGAAACAUGGCAUCGCUAUCGGGAGCCGACGACGCCGUCUACUACGAGUACAAAAGACCAGGAGCUUCAUCCAGCAUGGGCUGCAAGCAUCCUCUUUUCAAAAAAUUCCGAGCCUAGACUUGUCAUUUGUAUGUGAAUCAUCGUUUUUUUUUGUUUAUUCGUUCAUUAUUAUUAUAGAUAGCCCUUAUGUCGCAUUUUAAGGUGACGCCUUAACGACUUUUUUUUCAUGAAACAAUUAAGAAAAUGAAAAUGAAAAGAGUCCAAAAAUAACGAGAUGUGUAUGUUACAAGAUGUAAAUAAAAUUCAACGACUCGCUAAACAAAA